GCUGACCGCUUCAUGGCUUCCAUCGAGGUUAUCACUUCACAGGAGAAGGAGGUCACCAUCACGAUGCCGAACGGAGAGACGUCUGUGGCCACCGUGCGCAUCUGGAACGAGACGGUGUCCAACCUCACCCUCAUGGCUCUGGGCUCCUCCGCCCCGGAGAUCUUAUUGUCUGUCAUUGAGGUGUGUGGCAAAGGCUUUGAAUCUGGAGAGCUGGGCCCGGGCACCAUCGUUGGCAGUGCCGCCUUCAACAUGUUUGUGAUCAUUGGCAUCUGUGUGUGGGUGAUCCCAGAGGGGGAGUCCAGGAAGAUCAGGCACCUGCGCGUGUUCUUUGUCACCGCCUUCUGGAGCAUCUUCGCCUACAUCUGGCUCUACAUCAUCCUGUCCGUCAUCACCCCGGGGGAGGUGGAGGUGUGGGAGGCUCUGGUCACUCUCCUCUACUUCCCCGUCUGUGUCCUCCUGGCGUGGAUCGCCGACCGCCGCCUCCUCUUCUACAAGUACAUGUCCAAACGCUACCGACCGGACAAGCGCCGCGGCAUCGUCGUGGAGACGGAGGGUGAGCUGACUCCGAAGGGCAUGGAGGGUGGCAUGAUCAUGGAUGGGAAAUUCCCUCCGCACGGAGGUGCCGUGGGGCCUGCCGAGAACUGCCAGGAUGGCGCCAAGCACAACGCAGCGGGCGGCGCCGGGACGCUGCCCAACUCAAACAGCACCACCGUUGCCAUGGAGAGUACUAAGGAGUUAGACGAGAGUCGUAAGGAGGUCAUUCGAAUCCUAAAGGACCUAAAACAGAAGUACCCGGACAAAGAGCUGGACCAGCUGGUGGAGCUGGCCAACUACUACGCCCUGCUACACCAACAGAAGAGCCGUGCCUUCUACCGCGUCCAAGCCACGCGCAUGAUGAUCGGCGCUGGCAACGUCCUAAAGAAACAUGCUGCCGACCACGCCAAGAAAACGGCCACGGCCAGCGAGAGCGACAUAGGCGUGGGCGAAAGCGAUGACUCGGCCACCUGCAGCCACCUGUCGUUUGAGAGCGCCCACUACCAGUGUAUGGAGAACUGUGGCGUGCUCACGCUGGCGGUGGUGUGCCAAGGGGGCGCCGGUGAGAACACCUUUUAUGUGGACUACCGCACCGAGGACGGCUCUGCCAACGCCGGAUCUGACUACGAGUAUGGAGAGGGCACAGUGGUGUUCAAGCCAGGAGAGACCAGGAAGGAGAUAAAGAUUGGGAUAAUCGACGAUGACAUCUUCGAGGAGGACGAGCACUUCUUCGUGCGUCUGCUGAACCUGCGGGUAGGUGAUGCGGAGGGCAUGUUCGAGAGCGACGACGACGGCACCGGGCCGAAAGGACGACUGGUCGAGCCUCUGGUAGCCACGGUGACCAUCUUGGACGACGACCACGCGGGCAUUUUCACGUUCAGCGAGCGGCUGGUGCGCAUCAGCGAGAGCGUGGGCACCAUGGAGGUGACGGUGGUGCGGAACUCGGGGGCGCGGGGCACCGUCAUCCUGCCCUACCACACGGAGGCCGGCAGCGCCAAGGGGGGCGGGGAAGAUUACGAGGACGUGCGAGGAGAGCUGGAGUUCAUCAACGAUCAAACCACUCAGACAAUUCAAGUGGGCAUCAUUGAUGAUGAAGAGUACGAGAAGCAUGAAAACUUCUACAUCGUGUUGGACGAACCUCGCUGGCUGAAGAGGGGCAUCUCAGCUUUGCUACUCAACCAAGAGGACCCAGAGGGUCAUAUGAGUGUGGAAGAGGAGGAGGCCAGGCGUAUAGCAGAGAUGGGGAAACCUAUCCUGGGCGAGCACAGUCGCCUGGAGGUGGUGAUUGAGGAGUCGUACGAGUUUAAGACCACUGUGGACAAACUGAUCAAGAAGACAAACCUGGCUCUGGUGAUUGGUACUCACUCAUGGAGGGAGCAGUUUGUGGAGGCGGUGACAGUCAGUGCAGGUGACGGUGACGAGGAGGAAGAGGAGGGUCGUGAAGAGAGGUCACCGUCCUGUGUCGACUACGUCAUGCACUUUGUGACAGUCUUCUGGAAAGUUCUGUUUGCCUGCGUGCCGCCCACCGAGUACUGGAACGGCUGGGCCUGCUUCGUGGUCUCCAUCAGUGUCAUCGGGCUGCUCACCGCCGUCAUCGGCGACCUGGCCUCCCACUUUGGAUGCACCGUGGGCCUGAAGGACGGCGUCACCGCCGUCGUGUUUGUUGCUCUGGGCACUUCUUUACCUGACACGUUUGCCAGUAAAGUAGCGGCUACCCAGGACCAGUACGCCGACGCGUGCGUUGGCAACGUGACGGGCAGCAACGCGGUCAACGUGUUCCUGGGCAUCGGCGUGGCGUGGUCGGUGGCGGCCGUCUACUGGAAGGUGCAGGGCAAGCAGUUCCUGGUGGACCCCGGCUCGCUGGCCUUCUCCGUCACGCUCUUCACCAUCUUCGCCUUCAUCGCCAUGGGCGUCCUACUGUUCCGUCGGAGGCCCUCCAUCGGCGGGGAGCUGGGGGGCGCCCGCGUCCCCCGCCUCCUCACCAGCCUACUGUUCUUCUCGCUCUGGCUCCUCUACAUCCUGUUCUCCAGCCUGGAGGCCUACUGUCACAUCCCGGGCUUUUAAUUUGACAACAGGAAAUGGGGUCAAGUGUGAUCAGCACCUCAAAAAAACACCUCUACAGCACUUAAUUACACACGCUAGUAACAAACGUGACGACGAGGCGACCCCAUGGGCAUAGCAUUUAAGUAGCUCCCUGGUGAAAAUAAAUGUACUUUUUUUUACUAAAGGGGACACCGUUAAGAUGUGCAAAUUUGCACCAACACAUGCAAGUUCAUGAAAAAGCCUGCAUGAAACAUUUCAGACAGAAGGCUACGCACAUCUUCAACACACUCCAUUGCUCUAGUGGGGCGGAAUGCUUCAACUCAAUACGCCCCGCAGGUCUUGAGGCUGUGACGUGCUUACAAGGACGAUGCGUAAAGGGGCAGACGGCGGAAACAAUUUGCUAAUACACAGAAUUUUUAGAGUGUUGGAGUUUUAAAUCACAACAUCAGAGCAAGAUGUGCUGCGAACGCAUACCGUAGGGAUAGAAUAUGUUGUGUUAAUGGGGGACAAACGAGAACAAGAGAAGAGUGUUAUUGUUUACUGUGGUCAACUUCCCAACACAAGCACAUACUCUGAGCAAGAGUGUGCUGCCAUUCUUAGUUGGUCUUGCUGAUGACCUCCAAGCACAGAUCUGUACAGUGCAUGUGGAAAAUGAGAGGGAAGGAAGCCUUCCUCAGGUAAACUAGUGAAGCACAAUGCAAUCGAGGGAGUCACUACUUCCCUGUAUGCAUAGCUUACCUUCAUUAAAGGACCCAAGUUGUCAUACUACCAUAUAACAAGUGGAAAGCCUGGGGAAGUGAAAAAAAAGGAAAAUCUAACAAAUCGCAGGACAGACUAAAUUAUACUUGUCUCCAAACAACACUACGUUUUCAUGCGAGUAUCUCCUUAUAAUUAUCCUGAGCAUUUAUCUUCAUUCUUGCAUGAACUGUUCAACCAAUAUAAUGCAGGUGGCCGAGGGAAGGAUAACAUCUUAUGUAUUUAUUGUAUAUGUUUAUAGAUAUAUAUAAUUUAUUUAUUUAUUAGAUAUUUAUUCAGGUACAUGAGCACUGACAUGAGAGAAUCUAUCGAUGCUGUUGAGGCAGCAGCUCCGUAGAAGGAGCCAAUCCAGAGGGUUUUUGUUAUUUUUUUGCUUUUGUUCUUAUACAUCCACAAAAUAGUAAGUCAAAUAGCCGAGCUACAUUUCUAAUUGGUUAAAACGCAGUGGAAAAUAAUU